AUGUCGGUGAUGACAAGAUUCGUCAGUUUCGUCAGUCUGAAUCAUCCCGGCGUUCUUGACAGGUUCCACGGUCCCAUUCCGAUAGCCGCAUGUCAAUCCACAGCCUUGGGUCUAUAUCCUCGUUGCCUUGACAGUUCACGAGAUUCAGCCCCGGAGAUCUAUGACUUGGUCUUGGGCCAAACCACAUGCGUGUCUACAUUCUCGACGCCUCACUUUUGCCUCUUUUGUCAUAAACCCCUAAAAGGCAAAUCUCAGGCAAAUCAGAAGGCAAAAAGAUGCAGAGGAAACAUAUGA